GUGUGUGCCUACUUGCCUUAACCGGCAACCGAAAGACGACUAUUUGACAGAGUGAAAUCGCACAUGGUUCACGGACCGUGUGGACAACUCAACCGCAACAGUCCGUGUAUGUUGGACAACAGUUGUUCAAAGAAGUAUCCCAAAGAAUACAGUGAAGAGACUCUGUACAUUUCUGAUAAUGGUUACCCGACUUACCACAGACCGAACAACGGACUUGUGGCAAACGUCAGAGGUCACCCUGUCGGCAAUGAGUUUGUUGUCCCGUACAACCCGUACUUGCUGGUUAAGUAUGACGCACACAUAAACGUUGAGGUGUGCUCUACUGUGAAGAGCGUAAUGUAUUUGUAUAAAUACGUAUACAAGGGCCAUGACGCGGCUACCUUGGAAAUUCGGAAUGGAGACGAAAUAGAUAAGUAA